AUGGGGAUCACAGUCUACAACAUCUCGUCCACCACCGCGAGGGUGAACUGGUCGCCGUCGCCCACCUGCCUGGACACCUUCUACAGCGUCAUGUACCACCCCAACUGGAACAGCCUCGCCACGAGCUACAAACGCAAGAGCUUCAUGCAUGAGGAUCGAAUCCCGGUCAGCCAGACCAGCACGCACGUGGCCAACCUCCUCCCUCAGACCGCCUACUUCCUGUGUGUGACUUGUCAGGCGGCCAACCCGGUGCAGGAUCAGUGCCAGGUGUUCAGCACCCUGAGCGAGAGCGCCGAAGGUCACGACAGAGCCGGCUGGGAGUUCGCUGCGGGCGUCUGGCUGACCUGCUGCCUGUUACUGCUGGUCAUCGCCGGCAUCCUGAUGUGGGGGUGUCUCCACAACAUCUGCCCCUUCCCCGGUCAGGGUGGAGGCGGCUGCAACGUGAUGACCAACUCGAACCACCAAGACAUGUCCGGAUCGGGACGUCUCUACACACACAGACGCAGCAGCACAGACAGCUCAAAACACGCCGCGAACAUCCAGCGCCCGCUCCUCUCCACGCAGAGAGGCAGCCACGUAAUUACCCAGGACCAUGAGCUGAGGACACUCGCUAAGCUGUCAGGCAGCGAGCCAGUAUGAAUCAUCUGGAUUAAGGUCAUCACAGCAUUGUUUUGCACAGACUGAAACGCCAACGAGUCUGAUAAUACACUA